CAGGCCGCUGCUCCUGCGCAUGCGCGCCCUCCGAGCCCCGUAGCGAUGGCGGCCGUGGCGUCCCGCGGGCCCAGCCAAGGAGGCAGCCCCAGUGGAUAGGUAACUCUCACCCUGAUCCUCCGGGUCAUCUCUGCGACUGAGGAAGAGAAGACGGAGGCCAAAGGAGGAACAGAGGAAUCUCGAAAGGAGAACCGACAUUUAUAGCAAAGGACUAUUUACCCUUGAUAUCAACGGCAGGGUCCCCUGUAGACUGUGAGCUUUUUGAGGAGAGAUAUCACGUCUACUGACUCCGUUGUACUUUCCCAAACACUUACUACAGUGUCCUGCGCAGAGUCCACACUCAAAAUGGACGUGGAUAUUACACAGAAAGAAGAAAUUCCUGUACACGGUGAAUUUAUCACCUGCUGUGGAGUGGUAACUCAGGUUCUCAAAUGUGGGCCCUGGACCGAAUUGAGCUCUAACGAAAAUAACGGCAACCCCCAACUCCUAAUUCUUAUUAUCACUGGAAACCCGGGAAUUGCCGGCUUUUAUAUACCAUUUCUGAAGGCGUUAUACGCCGGACUCCACAAGCGUUAUCCAGUUUGGGUCAUCAGCCAUGCGGGCCACAUUAUGGCCCCGGGUGGCACGAAGGUGACGGGGACCCUUAAUGACUCAGGUGCUAAAGAAGUGGAUGAUGUCUUCGGGCUGAAUGGGCAAGUAGAGCACAAACUGGCUUUCCUGAGGAAUCACGUGCCAAAAGACCGAAAGUUGAUCCUCAUCGGCCACUCGAUAGGCUGCUACGUGAUACUUGAAAUGAUGAAGCGGGCACCUCAUCUCCAGAUUGUCCGCUCCUUGCUGCUGUUUCCCACAAUAGAGCGCAUGGCUGAGUCUCCCAAUGGCAAGAUUGCAGUCCCCCUGCUCUGCUGGCUACGCUAUGCCCUUUACAUGCCCGCCUACAUCGUGUUAAAACUCCUUCCGGAGAGCCUCAGGCCUCGCCUGGCCAGGUUACUGCUGCGAGGACUAAAUAUCAACGUCAACAAUGAGAUUACAGUACCCGCAUCACUGACUUUCCUUCAGAUGCCCUGCCUCGCAAAUGCUGCCUAUCUAGGAAGUCAAGAAAUGAGGGAUGUCGUGAAGAGAGACAGCGUGACCAUAAAAGAAAAUAUUAAAAAGCUUACCUUUUACUAUGGUGCCAAAGACCCCUGGUGUCCAGUGGAGUACUUUGAAGACAUCAAGAAGGACUUUCCAGAAGGAGACAUUCGACUCUGUGAGAAAGGAUUCCCCCAUGCCUUUAUCUUACAUCAUAGCCAAGAAAUGGCUGACAUGGUGUCCGAAUGGUUACAAGAUGAUCUGUUCCGCUUGUAACUAGUCUGGAUGGGAAAGUGCACUGAGUCAAAAGGAUAUGAUUUUCAAUAGGUUGUGAUUGACCUGACUCUGGUAUCACUAUUAACAGUAGACAACGGAUUCUCGUUUUGACGAUUCCUCUUUAUAAAGGGUAAAAUAAGAAUCA